UCACCGGGGCCGCACAUGCAGAGGAUCCCAGCCCUGCAAUCCGUGGCCCAAAAUCCCCCUCACCCAGAGAUUUUGCCAGGCCACCCUCCACACGACACAACUCGCCAGCAGGUCAUCACCUACUUGUCCUUUCCGCGCCAAAGGCGGGGGCAGGCAGCGUGCGUACGUACGUACGUACGUGCAGCAAUCAUCUCGUCCACCUCACCUUACCCGAAACCAACAAGCGGAAAAGGAAAAAAGUUGCGAGAGAAAAUCUCGCGAUCAAAACCUCUCCACCUCUGCACGCCUCCACUCUAUAAAUCCUCCGAUCGAUCAGGCCGGCCUCCUCAUCCUCACUGCACAAACGUUUUCUCUCCUCACUAUCCUGUGCCUGCUGCCUUCUCUUCUCAUCUGCUUGCAGCAGCGGUAGACAGUGCAUCUCAGCAGCAGAAGAAAAUGGUUGCUGCCGGAGGAGGUCAUGGUGGUGGCGCCGACGACGGCAUGGUUGUCGACUACCGGGGUAACCCGGUGGACAAGUCCAAGACCGGGGGAUGGCUCGGCGCCGGGCUUAUCCUAGGGACGGAGCUGGCGGAGCGGGUGUGCGUGAUGGGCAUCUCGAUGAACCUGGUGACGUACCUCGUCGGCGACCUGCACCUCUCCAACGCCAAGUCCGCCAACAUCGUCACCAACUUCAUGGGCACCCUCAACCUCCUCGCCCUCGUCGGCGGCUUCCUCGCCGACGCCAAGCUCGGCCGCUACCUCACCAUCGCCAUCUCCGCCACCAUCGCCGCCACCGGGGUGAGCUUGCUGACGGUGGACACGAUGGUGCCGGGGAUGCGGCCGCCGCCGUGCGCGGACGCGCGCGGCGCCGGGGCGCACCUGCGGUGCGAGCCGGCGCGCGGGGGGCAGCUGGCGAUGCUGUACGCGGCGCUGUACACGGUCGCGGCGGGCGCGGGGGGGCUCAAGGCGAACGUGUCCGGGUUCGGCUCCGACCAGUUCGACGGCGGCGACCCGCGGGAGGAGCGCGCCAUGGUGUUCUUCUUCAACCGCUUCUACUUCUGCAUCAGCCUCGGCUCCCUCUUCGCGGUCACCGUGCUGGUGUACGUCCAGGACAACGUCGGCCGGGGCUGGGGCUACGGCGUCUCCGCCGUCGCCAUGGUCCUCGCCGUCGCCGUCCUCGUCGCCGGCACGCCCAAGUACCGGUACCGCCGCCCCGAGGGGAGCCCGCUCACCGUGAUCGGGCGGGUGCUGGCAACGGCGUGGAGGAAGCGCCGCCUGCCGCUCCCCGCCGACGCCGGCGAGCUCCACGGCUACCACACAUCCAAGGUUGCCUACACCGACCGCCUCAGGUGCCUGGACAGGGCGGCCAUCAUGGAGGCGGACCUGGCAGCGUCGCCGGCGAAGACGAACCAGACAUCGGCGGCGCCGGCGGCGACGGUGACGGAGGUGGAGGAGGUGAAGAUGGUGGUGAAGCUGCUGCCCAUCUGGUCGACCUGCAUCCUCUUCUGGACGGUGUACUCCCAGAUGACCACCUUCUCCGUCGAGCAGGCCACCCGCAUGGACCGCCACCUCCGCCCGGGCGCCGCCCCCGGCGGGUUCGCCAUCCCGGCGGGCUCCCUCUCCGUCUUCCUCUUCCUCUCCAUCCUCCUCUUCACCUCCCUCAACGAGCGCGUCCUCGUGCCGGCGGCCCGCCGCCUCACCCGCCGCCCCCAGGGCCUCACCUCGCUCCAGCGCGUCGGCGCGGGCCUCGUCCUCGCCACCGUCGCCAUGGCCACCUCCGCGCUCGUCGAGAAGAAGCGGCGCGACGCCGCCAACGACGGCGGCGGCGGCGGCAUGAUCAGCGCGUUCUGGCUGGUGCCGCAGUUCUUCCUGGUGGGCGCCGGCGAGGCGUUCGCGUACGUCGGGCAGCUGGAGUUCUUCAUCCGCGAGGCGCCGGAGCGGAUGAAGUCGAUGAGCACGGGGCUCUUCCUGGUGACGCUGUCCAUGGGAUUCUUCCUCAGCAGCUUCCUCGUCUUCGCCGUCGACGCCGCCACGCGGGGGGCGUGGAUACGGAACGACCUCGACGCCGGCAGGCUGGACCUCUUCUACUGGAUGCUGGCCGUGCUCGGGGUGGCCAACUUCGCCGUGUUCCUCGUGUUCGCGAGGCGCCACGAGUACAAGCAGCCCGCCGGCACGGCCGCCGUGGUGGUGGCGCCCGCCGCUGCCAAGGACGGCGGCGCCGGCGAGGAGAAGGAGAUGGACGACUUCGUCGUGGUCAAGGAGGCCGUAGAAGGGAUGGAUGUGUAGACGUGUAGUGUGUACGAAUGUUAGUGUGCAAUCGUAGUAUAGAGGUUUGGGUUUUUGAGGUAGUGUGCGUAGCAGUUUUCGUGCAGAGUGCAGUGUAUGAUAUGAUAUGAUGCUAGCUUCAAUCUCCUGAAAAAUGUUAAUGGAGAUAGAUGAGCUGAGGUAAUGUUUGCCAAGUGAAGAUAUUUUGAAAAAAAAAAGUGUUGUAAAUUUCCCAGAGCUUUCAAUUUUGCUUUCAGAA